UGACUUAUAGACGUAGAAUAUUUCACAUUGGGACUUAUCGUAAUACAUAUCAAUCCGACUAUGAUAAUUUGGUUUUACACAAUCAAUAUAAUGGGAGAGUGGAUUUGAGCGAAUUAGUAAAUUCUGGAGUAGUAUCUCCCGAAGAAGCAUCCACAAUUGAAGAAUUUUUACAAUCUGAUAAGUUGGAAAGAAAAGUAUAUUUUGAAAAGAUUGAUAAUUUCAAGGAACUUCUGCUUCGCUUUUCUAAACACAUUACUGAACAACCAAACUUACUAAGAACUGUGCUUUUGGUAGUUUCUGAAGCCCUUUACGAAAGUAAAGAAAACUGUUUAGAAACUUUGCAGUUGUGUCCUUAUCAAAAGUUUGUGGUAUAUUUAAUAGUAAACUUCUCUUUUGAUGCGUCUUUGGUGGCCGCUUCGUUGCGGGUUCUUCGCGGGAUGGUGCAAAUCGGAAUUGAACUAGAGCCCUCUUUGUGCCGAAAAGUAUUUGUUUUGUUGACAUCCAAACUUGAUUUAUAUGAGGAAGCUUCAGUGGACGAUGUUCUGCUUUGCCUUAUGACGCUACUCCAAGUAGAUUCUUACAGAGUCUUGUUUUACAAUUAUUCUGGUUCAGUAGAAAGCCUUUUCGGUGUGCUGCUUACACGGACGAGCAACUUUCAGAUUCAGUAUCAAACUCUUUUUUGUCUUUGGGUGCUCACAUUCAAUAAACUAAUCGCAUCUUCGAUUGUUCGACGGUAUCCCAUCAUCCGCACAGUUACGCCCAUCUUACUAAGAACGAGCAAAGAAAAAGUUGUGAGGAUCUCUUUGUCCACGCUUUUGAACUUGUUGGUGGAUCCUGAAACAAAAAAAGUCAACGGGGGGAUUAUGAUAACAAAUAACUUGAAGGCUUUACUUCAAAGUUUGAAGGAAAAAAAAUGGAAAGACACCGACAUCCCGCGUUACUUGGAGGAGCUUCUCAACCAUCUCGAAGAUCUCGUUCAAGAGAUGAGCUCUUGGGAUUACUACUGUGCUGAAGUGAAAAGCGGAGAGCUUUCCUGGAGCGCCGUUCAUAAAUCCGAAGAGUUCUGGCUCGAAAGCGCCGUAAACUUCAAUAACAACGACUACGAGGUGGUUAGACGAUUGCACCAACUUUUGGCUUCUUCCAAUCCGACUGUCGUGGCUGUGGCUGCUCACGAUCUGGGUCAGUACGCCCUGCACUGCUCUUGUGGGAAAAGCGUCAUUGAAAAAAUCGGUGGCAAGGAAACUAUAAUUACUCUAUUGGAACACGAGCACCCGCUCGUCCGCCACGAAGCUCUCUUGGCCUUAAAAAAAUUGAUAGCCUUUAAUUGGCCAAGUCUCGAUCCCGUACACGAUUUCAAAAGAUGACUCCGUGCCUACUAUACACAUUAAACUUAUUACUGUUAGUUUUUACAAACGUUACUUGUAAUUGGUUUCUUUCGUAAUUCAAGCUGCGGGAAAUUUCUUUGAGAAAAGUUUACCAAGCUAAGCUAUUUAAUAAAG